UGACGUCAAAACAGCUCGCGACGGCGGCCGCGGUAGGUGCGGGGCGGCUCGGGGUGUCCCUCGCAUCGCAGUGUCUUUGCGAUCCCGGUGUGCCGCCCAUCCCGGACCCACCGGCGCGGACAUAAGGCGAAACUUAAAGGUACUUCUGGAUUCUGCGUGCGGGAGAAACCAGUUCAAGUUUGGCGCGGGGGGGAGCACGGAGCAACUCUCUCGGCUUUCUUGUAAUUGUGCCUUGGUAACCAUUAGUAACCAAGCGAUGCAGUAUCAUUUAACUCUCGUGGGCUUCAGCUCAGCCUGCUGACCGCUUGUUUUAUUGCUUCCCAAGAUCUUCCUGUACAUCCGUCAGAUUUCACUUUUCGAAUCAUGGAGGGAGAACAGAUUAUGGAGGGACAGCCACAGGUUCCGGAAAAUCCUCAUUCUGAAUACGGCCUCACUGAAAAUGUAGAGAGGAUAGUAGAAAAUGAGAAACUAAAUGCCGAGAAAGCAUCAAAGCAGAAGGUGGAUCUUCAGUCAUUACCCACGCGUGCCUACUUGGAUCAGACAGUUGUACCUAUCUUGCUACAGGGACUUGCUGUUCUUGCAAAAGAGAGACCACCCAAUCCCAUUGAAUUUCUAGCAGCAUAUCUUUUAAAAAACAAGUCACAAUUUGAGGACCGAAAUUAACUCCAUAAAAUUGAGGACAGUUUGGCUGCUAGACUGAAAUGCUCAUUUGCCGCUAUUUGUUUUCUGCUGUAAAAAUCCUUUGGCCACGUUGUUGUCUUUCUUAACUGCACAGUUUGCUUUAUCUUUUGAGUUUAUUUAAUAAAGAACACUUUACAUUUAA